GAUAAACCAUAUGUAUGUAAACAAUGUGGGAAAGCUUUUAACACACGUACAAAUUGUAAGUUUCAUGAAAGAAUUCACACUGGAGAGAAACCAUAUGUAUGUAAGCAAUGUGGGAAAGCUUUUAAAACACAGGGAGAUUGUAAGAAUCAUGAAAUUAUUCACACUGGAGAGAAACCGUAUGUAUGUAAGCAAUGUGGGAAAGCUUUUACCAGACCUGGACGUUGUAAGGCACAUGAAAGAAUUCACACUGGAGAGAAACCAUAUGUAUGUAAGCAAUGUGGGAAAGCUUUUAACACACGUGGAGAUUGUAAGAAUCAUGAAAGAAUUCACACUGGAGAGAAACCGUAUGUAUGUAAGGAAUGUGGGAAAGCUUUUACCAGACCUGGACAUUGUAAGGAACAUGAAAGAAUUCACACUGGAGAGAAACCAUAUGUAUGUAAGCAAUGUGGGAAAGCUUUUAACACACGUGUAAAUUGUAAUGUUCAUGAAAUAAUUCACACUGAAGAGAAACCAUAUGUAUGUAAGCAAUGUGGGAAAGCUUUUAACACAAGGGGAUACUGUAAGAAACAUGAAAGAAUUCACACUGGAGAGAAACCCUAUGUAUGUAAGCAAUGUGGGAAAGCUUUUAACACACGUACAAACUGUAAGGUUCAUGAAAGAAUUCACACUGGAGAGAAACCGUAUGUAUGUAAGCAAUGUGGGAAAGCUUUUACCAGACCUGGACGUUGUAAGGAACAUGAAAGAAUUCACACUGGAGAGAAACCAUAUGUAUGUAAGCAAUGUGGGAAAGCUUUUAACACACGUGUAAAUUGUAAGAUUCAUGAAAUAAUUCACACUGAAGAGAAACCAUAUGUAUGUAAGCAAUGUGGGAAAGCUUUUAACACAAGGGGAUACUGUAAGAAACAUGAAAGAAUUCACACUGGAGAGAAACCAUAUGUAUGUAAGCAAUGUGGGAAAGCUUUUAACACAAGGGGAUCCUGUAAGAAACAUGAAAGAAUUCACACUGGAGAGAAACCCUAUGUAUGUAAGCCAUGUGGGAAAGCUUUUAACACACGUACAAAUUGUAAGGUUCAUGAAAGAAUUCACACUGGAGAGAAACCAUAUGUGUGUAAGCAAUGUGGGAAAGCUUUUAAAACACAGGGAGAUUGUAAGAAACAUGAAAGAAUUCACACUGGAGAGAAACCAUAUGUAUGUAAGCAAUGUGGGAAAGGUUUUAACAAUUCUGGACGUUGUAAGCAACAUGAAAGUAUUCACACUGGAGAGAAACCAUAUGUAUGUAAGCAAUGUGGGAAAGUU